AUGCAGGACCUCAUCGACAAUUUACCUAAACUACCUGAAAUCCAACACCAAAAACUAACCAUUCUCGAAUUUGACGAAAUUGAAGUCAAAGCAACUGACUCAGUAGAAAUUAAGAAAUUCAUACGUAAAGUAAAUUAUGAAUUCCUUGGUUUUCAUUGCAACCAUAAAGUUAUGGACAAAGAUUGCGACAUGGUUUAUAAAAAUAUUUCUGACCUUUACAAAUCCGAAGAAUUUAAGACAUACGAUAACUUUGUUACAUUAGUUGCAAAAUGUGUUUGGGAAAUAAGAGAUAAAGAUAGAAGAGGCAAAGUAUGGAACGAACUGAUAAAACCAGCAGCUUUUGAGUUAAAGAAAACCAUUGACGCCUUAGUUGUUCUAGCUGGUUUUAUUUCGGUGUAUAACGCAAAAACGAUGCCGCAAUGUUCAAAAUGUAAAGCAGCAAUAAGAAAAUAUAACUACUCAGUCAAAGAGAUAGAAAGAAUGCGAAACGACUAUGCAGACUUAAAGAAAGAAGCAGAAAAGCCAGCAGAAGAUAAAAUGGAUAUGUUGACAUUUCUUAAUAAAAACUAUCCAACAGCAGAAGAUUUCCUUCUGUCUGACGUCAAGAAGAAAUAUAAAGAGACUUUCGGCAUGAUUAAAACAUUCAAUGUACUAAAAGAAGAAAUAGAAGCUACGAAAUUGUUUAGGAUUUCAAAUAUACAUCGUACAAUUCAUGUAAAACGCUUGUGA